ACUUGCCCAAGGUCACACAGGGAAGCCUGGAGGCGAAUUCAGGGUCCUGAGGCCUCCAGGUCAGCGCCCCCCACAGCUCUGGCAGCAAGAGAACUGGCAGGUGCCCGCAACGAAGGCAUCAUAGUGACGGCGCUGAUGACCCGGCCACUAACCCGCGGGCGGCCGGCGAGCCACCGGCAGAUUCCUGGGUUGGCCCCGGCAGACACGCUGCCGGGCUCGGUUCUGCGGGAGCGCCUAAGGAACCGGCACCCUGGGGCUCAGGUUGUGCAGCUCCAGGUCCUCGGCCUCCCACAGGCGUCGGCGAAAGCCUGCCGCCCAGGCCGGGGACCAGCAAGCGUCGGGCAGCUGGCAGGAGCUCCCCGGGGACCCGCCUCGGCCGCGCAGCCGGCUCCAGUCUCCUGGGAGGCGGGGCUGGAAUGGUAAGGGCGAAAGGCCAGCCGCGGCCGCUUGGGAAGGACCGCCUCGCCUGCUCCCGACCUAAAUCAGAACACCUGGAUGACCGGCGGCCCCAGGACGCAGGUGCAGACGAGACUCUCCCAGCCACAGCACCCUGCGUCUCCGCGGAGGCCCUCGGGAGCCCAGGGUGUAGGCUCAAAACGGGAAAGAAAGAGUUAAAGCCUGAGUCGCGACUCCUAAUCCCACCCCGACAGCGUGAAUGCAUCUCAGUCCAUGUGGGGCAGGCAGGUGUCCAGAUGGGCAAUGCCUGCUGGGAGCUCUAUUGCUUGGAACAUGGGAUUCAGCCUGAUGGGCAGAUGCCCAGUGACAAGACCAUUGGUGGAGGGGAUGACUCCUUCACCACCUUCUUCUGUGAAACUGGUGCUGGAAAACAUGUGCCCCGGGCAGUUUUUGUGGAUCUGGAGCCUACGGUCAUUGAUGAGAUUCGAAAUGGCCCGUACCGACAGCUCUUCCACCCAGAGCAGCUCAUCACUGGGAAAGAGGAUGCCGCCAACAACUAUGCCCGUGGUCACUAUACCAUUGGCAAGGAGAUCAUUGACCCAGUACUGGAUCGGAUCCGCAAACUGUCUGACCAGUGCACAGGCCUUCAGGGCUUCCUGGUGUUCCACAGCUUUGGCGGGGGCACUGGCUCUGGCUUCACCUCACUCCUGAUGGAGCGGCUCUCUGUUGACUAUGGCAAGAAAUCCAAGCUGGAAUUCUCCAUCUACCCAGCACCCCAGGUGUCUACAGCCGUGGUCGAGCCCUAUAACUCUAUCCUGACCACCCACACCACCCUGGAACACUCAGACUGUGCCUUCAUGGUGGACAACGAAGCUAUCUAUGACAUCUGCCGCCGCAACCUAGACAUCGAGCGCCCAACCUACACCAACCUCAAUCGCCUCAUCAGCCAAAUUGUCUCCUCCAUCACAGCUUCCCUGCGCUUUGACGGGGCCCUCAAUGUGGACCUGACGGAGUUCCAAACCAACCUGGUGCCCUACCCUCGCAUCCACUUCCCCCUGGCCACCUAUGCACCAGUCAUCUCUGCAGAAAAGGCGUACCAUGAGCAGCUGUCGGUGGCCGAGAUCACCAAUGCCUGCUUUGAGCCGGCCAACCAGAUGGUCAAGUGUGAUCCCCGGCACGGCAAGUACAUGGCCUGCUGCCUGCUAUACCGUGGAGAUGUGGUGCCCAAGGAUGUCAACGCUGCCAUUGCCGCCAUCAAGACCAAGCGCAGCAUUCAGUUUGUGGACUGGUGCCCCACAGGCUUCAAGGUCGGUAUCAACUACCAGCCUCCCACUGUGGUGCCUGGGGGUGACCUGGCCAAGGUGCAGCGUGCUGUGUGCAUGCUGAGCAACACGACCGCCAUCGCCGAGGCCUGGGCCCGCUUGGACCACAAGUUCGACCUGAUGUAUGCCAAGAGGGCGUUUGUGCACUGGUAUGUGGGUGAGGGCAUGGAGGAGGGCGAGUUCUCUGAGGCCCGUGAGGAUAUGGCUGCCCUGGAGAAGGAUUAUGAGGAGGUGGGCAUCGAUUCCUAUGAGGAUGAGGAUGAGGGAGAAGAAUAAAGCAGCUGCCGGAGCCUAUUCACUAUGUUUAUUGCAAAAUCCUUUUAAAAUAAACAGUUUCCUUGCACGGUU